CCCGUCUCCUCCCUCCUGCCUUCCCUCCCUCCCCGCCUCCCUCCACGGUGUUUCCCCUCCCGCAGCGGCCGCUUCGGCUUGUUUUUGCGCGCGGAUGGAACUGAGCUGCGGCGUUGCGGGGAGGAAAGGCGGCGGAGGAGGCUCCACCAUCGGCGGCAACAGCAGCGGCAGCGGCGGCGGCGGCGGCGGCGGGCAAACGACGGCCACGCCGGCCAACCUCGCGUCUUCCUCCUCCUCCUCCACCGCCGCCGGGCUUCUGAUGGACGGCGAGAGUCCCUGCGAGGACUACGAGAGCCUGCCCAACAACGCCUCCCUCUACACGCAUAUGACGGCCGGGGCGGUGGCCGGCAUCCUGGAGCACACGGUCAUGUAUCCCGUGGACUCCGUCAAGACUCGGAUGCAGAGUUUGCAACCCGACCCCAAAGCUCAGUACCGGAGCGUCUUUGAGGCCUUGAGGAAGAUCGUCCGCACGGAAGGCCUCUGGAGGCCUCUGCGAGGAAUUAACGUCACCGUCAUCGGAGCUGGCCCAGCCCAUGCCUUGUAUUUUGCCUGCUACGAAAAAAUGAAACGCACUUUAAGUGACAUUAUUCAACAUGGAGGCAACAGCCACCUGGCCAACGGCAUGGCUGGGAGUAUGGCUACCCUUCUUCACGAUGGUGUCAUGAAUCCAGCAGAAGUCGUGAAGCAGCGCAUGCAGAUGUACAACUCUCCGCACAAGACAGUCAUGGAGUGCAUCCGGACGGUGCAUCGGACGGAAGGCUUGGGUGCCUUUUAUCGCAGCUACAGCACCCAGCUCACCAUGAACAUCCCUUUUCAAGCCAUCCAUUUUAUCACCUACGAGUUCAUGCAGGAGCAGAUCAACCCCCAGCGACAGUACCACCCUCGCUCGCACAUCGUUUCGGGCGCUGUGGCAGGAGCCGUGGCAGCAGCUGCAACCACUCCCUUGGAUGUUUGCAAGACUUUGCUCAACACCCAGGAGAACCUGGUGUUGAGUUCUGUCAACAGCGGGCACCUCUCUGGCAUGGCCAACGCCUUUAGGACAGUCUAUCAACUGGGAGGGGUCACUGGGUAUUUUAAGGGAGUCCAAGCGCGUGUGAUCUAUCAGAUGCCUUCGACGGCCAUCGCCUGGUCAGUCUAUGAAUUUUUCAAGUACAUCCUUACCAAACGCCAAUUAAAGAAAGGAGCUCCUUGUUGAUGGAUCACCGUAGCAACUGAAGACAAAAUUUUGAGCAACUGCAGAUAAAUUUCUGAAGAAGCUGUUGGCCUCUCUCCCUCCCUCCCUCCCUCUCUCUCAUACUCCCACCCUCUCUUUUUUCUCUCUCCCUCCCUCUCUCUCUC